CAUUGGCUCGGGAGCGCACACGGGGGCGUUGCUUCGGACUCGGUGAGUGCUUCGGGCGCACGGGGUGUUCCAGGGAUGGCUGAGGGAAAGCGUACUUGGCACAGAUCCCUCCCUUCAGUAUAGACUGCAGUUUACAUUAGGCAGCAACAUUUUUUUUUUGUUGUGGUCAGGGGGGGGGAUGAACGUGUCAUAAGAAAUAGCCGUAGUUUAGAGAGGGGGGGGUAGUGGAUGCAGGUUUAGCAAUGCGAUGAGGCCAGUGCACUUUGCGAGACUUGCGCUGCACAGAGCCUCCUCCGCGGAUCCCGCGACCUGUUGCCGCUGACAAGCCGGGGGGAAAGGGAGAGGGAGCACGGGGAGCUCGCUCGGCAGAGACGGAGGGUACUUCGCCUUGGAGGGUUUCUUCGCGGGGGGAAUCAUGCAGUUUGCAAUGUGGCUGCUUGGACUAACGUGUCAUCUGUCAGCACUUGUCCGCGACACUCUGCAGUACCGACUGCAUCCGAAACAAGAGAGCUUCAUCAAGCGGCUGUCAUCGUACGAAAUCAUCACCCCGCUCCGACUGAACGACUUCGGGGAGUCGUUCCCCCACAAGCUGCACUACAGGAGGAGACGCAGGAGUCUGGCUCCCGGCGGUGACCUGUCGGCUCUGCGGGUUCUCUACCGGGUGGACGCGUUCGGGGAGCGCUUCCAUCUCAACCUGACCGCGGACUCCGGCUUCAUCGCCCCCUCGUACGCGGUCACACACUUGGGAGCGCGACGGGGCAACGACACGGAGUCCCACGACCCGAGCGACAUGCGCCACUGCUUUUUCAGCGGACACGUCAACGCCAAGAGCGAGUACCCCGCGGUGUUCAGCCUGUGCACUGGCCUUAUUGGAACUUUUACAACACAACACGGUGAAUAUUUCUUGGAACCUCUUUUAAACGCUGACGGGGAGGAAUAUGUGGAAGAGAACAACAAACCUCAUCUGGUCUAUCGACAUGAGAGGAAGAGGAACAUCUCGAAUGCCGGCAACAACACAGAGCCCUGUGCUGCCUCAGAGAACACACAGGGGCCAGUCUCGUUUGAGGGCAGAGGGAAUAUGGGAGAGGAGCUGGACUCUCUCAGAGUGACAAUAGAAGAGCAGCACUUGAAUGAAAACAACUCCACCGGCGCACACCCCACAUCCCCACGAAGACACAAGCGUUUCCUCUCCUAUCCCCGCUACGUCGAGCUGAUGGUGACAGCAGAUGCCAAAAUGGCCCUUCAUCAUGGGCGCAACCUAGAGCACUACAUCCUAACAAUCAUGUCAGUAGUAGCAGCAGUGUACAAGGAUCCCAGCGUAGGAAACCUAAUCAACAUCAUGAUUGUCAAGCUCGUCGUCGUUCACAAUGAACAGGAAGGGCCAACAGUGAGCUUCAACGCUGCUACGACUCUCCACAACUUCUGUGUUUGGCAGCAGACCCAAAAUGUCCAGGACGACAGCCAUCCCUCUCACCAUGACACAGCACUUCUCAUCACCAGAGAAGACAUCUGCCGUGCGAAAGACAAAUGUGACACGUUAGGGCUUGCGGAGCUGGGGACCAUGUGCGACCAGUACCGGAGCUGCUCCAUCAGUGAAGAAAAUGGAAUUAGUGCCUCCUUCACCAUCGCUCAUGAGCUUGGCCAUGUGUUCAACAUGCCCCACGACGACAACCCAAAAUGUCGAGAGGCAGGCAUGAAGCACCAGUACCACGUCAUGGCUCCCACCCUCAACUACGACACCAAUCCCUGGUCAUGGUCCAAGUGCAGUCGCAAGUACAUUACAGAGUUUUUGGACACCGGCUAUGGAGAGUGCCUCCUCGAUGAGCCAGUAGGCAGAACGUACGAGCUGCCCACCCUCCUCCCUGGUCAAAUAUACAAUGCCAACAGGCAGUGUGAACUGAUGUUUGGACCCGGUUCCCAAAUUUGCCCCUACAUGAAACAGUGCAAGAGGCUGUGGUGUACGAGCGCAGAGGGGGACCACAAAGGAUGCCGCACGCAGCACAUGCCACUGGCUGAUGGGACCGACUGUGGAAAUGGAAUGUAUUGCAGACACGGAAUGUGUGUAAACAAGGAGUUGGACCUGCAACCUGUUCACGGGGAGUGGGGUACCUGGGGGCCCUACAGCGUUUGCUCCAGGUCCUGUGGCGGAGGAACCCGGAGCAACAUCAGAGAAUGCAACAAGCCUGAGCCCAGAAAUGGCGGUAAGUUCUGCGUGGGUCGCAGGAUGAAAUUCCGCUCCUGCAACACAGAGCCGUGUCCACGAGGACAGAAAGACUUCCGCGAAGAGCAGUGCUCCCAGUUUGACGGCAAGCACUUCAACAUCAACGGUCUACCUCCCACCGUCCGCUGGGUCCCCAAGUACAGUGGCAUACUGAUGAAGGAUCGCUGUAAGCUCUUCUGCCGGGUGGCUGGGACGAUGGCAUAUUAUCAGCUGAAGGACCGCGUCACCGACGGCACGCCGUGUGGGCCAGACACAUACGACAUCUGUGUUCAAGGCCUCUGCAGGCAAGCGGGCUGCGACCACGUCCUCAACUCCAAGGCCAGGAAUGACAAGUGCGGAGUGUGUGGCGGGGACAACUCAUCGUGUAAAACCCAGGCAGGGACCUUCAACGAUGCACAGUAUGGUUACAACACAGUGGUGCGGAUCCCGGCCGGAGCCACCAACAUUGACAUCAAGCAGGUCAGCUACUCUGGAAAGCCAGAAGACGACAACUACCUCGCAUUAGCCGAUAGCCAGUCCAACUCCCUCCUGAACGGGAACUUUGUGGUGGCCAUGUUCAAAAGGGAAAUCACCUUCAAGGGAAUUGUCAUAGAGUACAGUGGCUCGGACACAAAAGUGGAGCGCAUCAACUGCACCGAACGCAUCGAGGAGGAGCUUAUUCUACAGGUCUUGUGUGUGGGAAACCUUUAUAACCCAGAUGUCCGUUACUCCUUUAACAUACCAAUCGAGGAGCACAGGGAGCAGUUUGUGUGGGACCCCUCGGGCUCCUGGCUUGAAUGCAACCGCAUCUGUCAGGGUGAACGGAGGCAAAAGUCAGUAUGUGUGCGUAAGAGCGAUCACCUUGAGGUGUCAGACCAACGCUGUGAGCAUUUACCUCGUCCCGUUGCUGAUGCUGAGCCCUGCAACACUGACUGUGAAGUCAGUUGGCAUCUUGCUGGAAAGAGCGAGUGUUCUGCUAAAUGUGGUCCAGGCUACCGCAGCCUGGAUGUCCAAUGCAUGAAGUACAGCCUGAUAAAGAGACAGAGUGAGAGGAUGGAGGCCAGCAUGUGUGGAGCUGCUGCAAAACCCCAGGCCCGAGAGACCUGCCAUGGGGACUGCCUGCUGAAGAACUGGCAGUACAGCGCCUGGUCACAGUGCUCCAAGACAUGUGGACGUGGGAGCCGGAGCAGAGAGUCUUACUGCAUGAACAACCUGGGCAGACGGCUGAUAGACCGCGAGUGCAAUGAAUACCAGAGGGUGGUAACUGAGACCUGCAGCGAGCAGCCGUGUCCGAAGUGGACCGUCAGCGAGUGGAGCGAGUGCCUGGUGACCUGUGGGAAAGGGAUGAGACACAGGCAAGUGUCCUGCACCACAGGCGCCGGGGACGAGAAGCUGAGCGAGCACUUCUGUGACCCGUCCACCAAACCGCAAGCUGUGGGGAGCUGCGAGCUGCCCGAGUGUGCGUCCUGGCAAGUCGGCGUCUGGGGAGCGUGUGCGGUGACCUGUGGCCAUGGAUACCAGAUGAGGGCGGUGAGGUGUGUGUCGGGGGACUACGGCAACACAGUGGAUGACAGAGAGUGCAACGCUGCGGCGAGGCCCAGAGACAGUCAGGACUGUGAGAUGCCAGGAUGUCCAUGGACCUCUUCGGCACAAAGCACACCUCGACCUGACAACACAGCUCAGCUCCUGACUCAGUGGAGAUACGGCUCCUGGACGGCGUGCUCCGUGUCUUGUGGCAAGGGGAAGCGGGCGCGUUAUGUCAGCUGCAGAGAUGCCCAGGGAGGAGUGGCCGACGAAUCACACUGCGCCCACCUGCCACGCCCCCCAGAGACCUCCGCCUGCUUCAGCCCCUGUGGCCAAUGGCGUGCCGGGGAGUGGUCUCCUUGUUCAGUAACAUGUGGCGCGGGACGAACCACCAGACAGGUGGUCUGCUCUAACUACCACCAGCCAGUGGACCAGUCCUUCUGUGACCCGGAUGAGAAGCCCGCGACAGAACAGGAGUGCACCGCUGCGCCCUGCUCCUCUACCUUCCACCGCCAGCGCAUCAACAACCAGCCCUACGGAUAUCCACAGGACCCAGGACGCCAUCCAGGGCACAGCAGCUGGAACGUGCCCUCCACAGACAACCAGUGGAGGACUGGACCCUGGGGCGCAUGUUCCAGUACGUGUGCAGGAGGCUUCCAGAGACGAGUGGUUGUCUGUCAGGAUGCUGAUGGACGCAGCAACAGCUACUGUGACGAGAGAGUAAAACCUGCCGAGUCCAAGAGCUGUGACUCCGGGCCCUGCCCUCUGUGGAACUACGGUGUCUGGGGAGAGUGCACCCAGACCUGCGGUGGAGGAAGGAGGACUCGUCUGGUGGUGUGUCAAAGGCCCAAUGGUCAGCGGCUCAACAACUACAACUGUGACAUCCUGGACAAGCCGACUGACAUGGAGCAAUGCAACCUGCAGCCCUGCCCAGGCUCCGCCACCUGGCACCGCCGACCAUGGAAGCCGUGUUCAGUGACUUGCGGUCGUGGGACCAAGAAGCGAGAGAUAGCCUGCGCUCUCCAGAACCAAACCAAAACAGAGGAGGAGCACUGCAGCCAUCUGCCUCGCCCGCGAACACAGAAGGCCUGUCGGGCACGGGGAUGCCCCAGUUGGAAAGCCAAUAAGUGGAGGGAGUGCUCUGUCACCUGUGGAGUCGGAGUUCAGAGCCGAGACAUUUACUGCCGGCUCAAGGGCACCGGUCGGGUCAGGGAGGAUCUCUGCGACGCUCACGAGCGUCCUGCUGUUACCCAACCGUGCCAAACGGCAGAAUGCACACGUUACUCUUGGGUCGCCGGUGAAUGGGAAGAAUGUAACGCAACCUGCGGAGAGGGUAUGCAGGGGAGGAAGGUGGGGUGCAUGGGCCCAGGGAUGACACCCGUCCAGGACGAUUACUGUGAGCCGCCGUCCCGUCCUGCGUUACACCAACAGUGCACGAGAGCUCCCUGCAACUACAUGUGGAUCACAGGGGAGUGGUCACAGUGCUCUGCCAGCUGUGGUCUUGGCUACCAGCAGCGUAUUGUCUCCUGCUCCGUGGUUCCCUCCUCCCAGGCUGCUCACCCGUACACUGCUGCCCAGUCGUCCGCUGCCAGCAGCACCUACUGCUCCGAGCCUCAUCCCACUGGAAGCCGGCCGUGCCUCCUCAGAGACUGCCCGCACACAACCUACUGGAAAGUUGGCCCGUGGAGCAAGUGCUCGCAGACCUGUGGUGCAGGAGUGAUGGAGCGCAGGGUGGAGUGUGUGAACUCUAAAGGCCAACCUUCCAAACACUGCCGUCCAUCAGAGAGACCUGAGUCUCAAGCUGCAUGUCAAGACAGAGAGUGCCAGUUGUUGGCGUCCUGUCUGGAGGUCCAGAUGAGACAGGGUCUGAGGAUAGAUGGCGAGUACUAUCUCAAAGUCAGGUCCCGGAUCCUACAGAUUUACUGUGCUGAGAUGCAGACUGAUUUCCCCAAAGAGUACGUGACCUUGCGAAGCGGUCAGACGGACAACUUCUCGGAGGUUUACGGUCACAGGUUGCUGAACCCUUUUGAAUGCCCGUACAACGGCAGCCGAAGACAGGACUGCGACUGCAGGAACGACUACUCAGCAGCGGGAUACACUCUUUUCCACAAAGUUCGUCUGGACCUGAGCUCCCUGAGGAUAAUGAUCACGGACCUCCAGUUUUCCCAGACUCUUCUCGGGCGACCUGUGCCCUUUGCUACAGCAGGAGAUUGUUACAGUGCAGCCAAGUGUCCACAGGGUCAGUUCAGCAUCAAUCUGAUCGGCACCGGCCUCAAAGUAUCUGAGGCCACCAAGUGGACAUCUCAGGGCAACUACGUGUCCGUCAAAGUCCACAGAUCUGAGGACGGGACAAGAAUCUACGGCCGCUGUGGUGGAUUCUGUGGGAAGUGCAUUCCCCAGGCUCACAAUGGCCUACUCCUUGAAGUCUACUGAGGGCCAUGCAGAGACCAAACCCCUAAAUCUUUCCCUAAAGACAGUGGCCCAGGAACAUGGAAUAGGCAUGUACGAGUCUGGUGGAGGUGCAUGCAACACUAAUCAUCCUGUAGUAACAGCCCCAGUUCCCAAAUGGCAGCUAAACCAUACAACACACUACGUACUGUGCUGUGCUUCACAGGGCCACUGUCGGGUCCCUCAUCCAAACUGCUAACUCUGAGGAGGAGCCAGCAGUGGCGAUCCAACACAUCUGUGCUUUGAAACCUCAAGUGUUUUCUUUUUCUGAUACUGUUGUGAAUUUUUUUAGCAUCAUACAAAGGGAUAAAGAGCUUCAAAACAUUGGGAAAGGAUUUACAGACGUCUCCUCUCUCUUCAAGGAACAAAUUCAAAUCUUAACAAAAAAAAACAGCUGUCUCUGGUAUUCUGUGAAGUGAAUUAUGUGAAAAAAAACAACAACAAAAGAACAUUUAUGCUUAAAAGUCCAGGAUUUCAUUAUUACAAAUUUUUUUAUAUUGUACCUUACCAAUCUUACUGACUUGCAAUCGAGGAGACAACAUAAAAUAUCACAUUGUAUGUGUGCAAUAACAACUGAAGUCCUGCAGUGAUGAAGAAGUGCUACAUUGUGGAUAGGAUGAGAGGGAUGGCUUUGCUUUACAAAACUUACAAUCAUACAAAACCUUUUUUUCCCCGACUAUACUAAAUGCUAAAAGCUGUGCCACCUCACGUUUUGGCCUUAAAGGCAUAGUUCAACAUUUUUGGUAUUUAUAUAGAUGACAAGUUCAACAACCCUCUCACGUCUCUUCAGUAAAUAUUAAGUUAGUUGCCAGUUAGCUUACUGUAGCUACGCACACACAGCAACUUAGCAACUGACCACCGUAUUCAGUUUAUUUACCAAACUGUAAACUCUUCCUUUAGGGUGCAGGACUUAUACAAACAGUGACGUAGCAAGUAACUACUGACAUUCUUCCUAAUCUGCUUUGUGUCAGGGGUCAAACUGUAGCAGAUCAGCAGGAGCCUUUAGGAAAAAAAAUACAUUUAAGAUUAGGAUUUACUUUUAGUGUAUUUGUAGCCUGUCAUUUGCAGAGUUGGGAGUAGUGUUUCUGUAACACCACUACUUUGGACAGAAACAAGUAGUGUAACUAAUUCCUAACAUGAGUUAGUCAGUUACAGCCUUCACCUGACUUUACUGUGACUCAACUAAACAUUUGCAUUAGCCAUCAGCCCAAACAAUCCGAGUCCAAGCAGUUUCCCCUGGAAAUAUAAUUUUUUUUUAAGUUUUGUCCUAGAGGAUAAGGAUAAAACUAUACUAGUGAGUUAUAAACCCUGUUCAGACUCGGUAUUAAAAUCCGUCCUGAGUGAUCAGAUCACAAGUGGUUAGCGCUAAGUACAGGUUUAAACAAACCGAAAUGUGUCCUGAGAUCUGUUCACUCAAACCACAUAGGGAGUUUGUCUGAGACCCAUCUUCUCUGCUGGUAUAUCCUCUGACCUGCUACAGUUUCACAAUGAAUCAAAUGUGUUAGUUUACACUCACAAUAUCAACACUGAGGGACACACUAUGACUAAUACUUUUCUUAAAAUUGGUAAAAUCUUCCUUCAUAGCUGCACACAUCCAUUCAUUUCAUCCCUCCUGACUCCUCUCACUCUCUUUCUCUCUCACACACACACAUACACAGUGACAUCGAACACCUCGUUAAACUCAGACUGGGUUAAAACAACAUAAUUUGCUCUUUAUGAACAAAAAUGACGUAUAUCCGUGAUUAUUUGCAUUCAGAGCAGGGAAGCGAGAUCUGAUCACAAGCGGUCACAGGAGACACAUUCAGGACACAUUUCAAUGUCGGGUGUUAUCACGUGAACUGAACGCUGAUCACUAGUGUCCUGAUCUCUUAGGGCGGAUAUUCUAUGCACUGGUGUGAGGACCUCGUCCACAUUCAAUUAGUAAAUCUAAUCUCCUGAAGCACCUGGUAAAUAUCUGAGAAACACUUCAUUUCAAACUUCUACAACAGUGUUACUGACUUAGAGUUGAAGGCCACAGUGGUGAUGGGAACAGUGAUAGAUCCAGUUUGACACUUGUGUUGUUCCACAUUGGAGCAAUACCCUUUCCUCCACACAGGUAUGUGGUGGAGACGUGAAGUGAAGUAGACAUUAUUAAAGUAAGUGAACGUUACUUUCCCUAGUUGCUAAUUACUUUUUGAAUGCAGUUAUUGGAAAGGUAACUCAGUUACUUUGGAGAGAAGUAACUGUAACCAAUUCCUCAUUUUCAGUUACUUGCCUAACACUGGUCAUUUCAGAGAAUCACUGACAAUUGUCCACUGACUGAUCAACACCAGUGCUGUGAGGAAAUAACUGAAAUAUUUCAAUAUUUCCUGGUGUUCAUUUACCGCAUAAACAUUUUUCAUGGCGUUUUUUAAAACCAUGAGGAUUUAUUUUUUAUUUUUGAAGUUUUAUUAGUGUUACUCUUCGAUGACAUUACUCAUACAAGUUCUCAUCUGUUACGCCGCGACACAGUAUCAAGUGUGAUGACUCACGUCACACUCUCCACUGGGCCCGUGGGUCCCUGCAACCCCUACCUCUCACACACAUCCAUUGUCUAGGAGAUAUGUGUUGUAAUAUAUUUAUGUCUGACCAUAUUUAUUCUGUAUUGACUGUAUCGUAGAUGCGUUCUGUGUUAAUGUACAAUGACUACUACCAACAGAGAAGCCGUUGUCUGCUUCGCUAAGAGAAAGUUAUUAGCCUGCAGUUUGUAGUGUAUAACCACUAACCUUAAAUGAGGAUCUUUUGAAUGGUGCUUUUGAACUACUGGAAUUACCUCUGAGACAACUUGAGAAGGAAAACACUGGCUUUGGGGAAUAAGAUGUGCUGCGGCAGAGCUUCAGUUCAUUCUGUAUGUAGCAUCAGUUUAUAAAUGUAUGCCAUGCUCCUCUUAUAAAUGGAGCUGGAGAAAAAAACUAGCAUGCGGGAUCUGUCAAACACAUAAACGACUUUCACCGUGACCACCACCACAAACAACCUAACACCCUGCUACUCCGAUGUUCAGCUUUAACCAAAGUUAGAAGAUAGAUGCAGAUUUAUUUUUCUUCUUCUCAGACAAUGCAGCUUAUUUUUGAUUUAAAGAAUGGCUGAUAAAUGAUAAAUACGUCAAUGAGCAGCUAGAAAACCUUUGGCUAUCAUUCAUUUCUAUGAUGGUCAAUUGUUCUAUGAGGUCUGUAUCAGAAAUUUAAAGAAUACUUGAUGCACUAUGUGCCAUGAAUUUUGUAGAAAUGUAAUCCUGUUUGUUUUUUGUAAUAACCAUUAAGAUUUGUAACUUAUGAUAUAUGUGUAUUUUUAAUAUUCAUACUUGAAUUGUAAACAGUGUGCUAAAUAUUGAAUGGUCAUUGUACUGAAUAGAGAGAUAGUGUGCUUGUUUGCCAUGCUUUAUCCAAAGAUGUUUUUAAGAAUCAUAUGUACCUACAGUAUGUAUGUAGCCUGUAUAAAAGAAAUGAAUGAUUGAUUCUGGUGCUAUGGUUACUAAUCGUACCAAUACUGUAUGCCAUGCUACUACGUGUACUAACACUGUCCAGACAUAAGUAUUAAUAAAACAUGCUUUCAGCUGA